CAAGUCAAAAAAAAAGAACGCCAGAUCGAAGCUAUCCAAUUCGGAUCAUAUCCUUGUUACUGAGGCCACCACCAUAGGACAAGGCCAGAAGGAGAGGAAGAGGAAGAGAAACAACAAGAACGGAGAGGAGAGGAACGAACGAGAGAGUCCAAGGAAAGAGGGAAAAAAAAUGUUCACCAAACACUUCGUCCCCUCUCCGACCCACCUCGUGCCCGCGGCGCUGCACUCCCUGACGCUGACGAACCCGGGCCUCGCCGUGGACGUGCCCAACAAGGUCGUCUACCGCCGCCCGGGCUACGGCCCGCGGUCGCAGCGCGUGCACAUCGUCUCGGGCGGCGGGUCCGGGCACGAGCCCUCCUUCGCCGGCAUGGUCGGCCCGGGCCUGCUGAGCGCCGCCGUCGCCGGCACCAUCUUUGCCAGCCCCAGCGCCGAGCAGGUGCGCGCCGCCAUCAUGAGCCGGGUCGACCACUCUUCCCGGGAGCAAGGGGGAGGAGGAGGAACAGGAGGGGGUGACGACGGUGGGGGCGUGUUGGUGACGGUGAUGAACUACACCGGGGACGUGCUCAACUUCGGCAUGGGGGUGGAGAAGGCGAGGGCAGCCGGGGUGAACGUGGAGAUGGUGGUGGUGGGCGACGACGUGGGCGUCGGCAGGGCCAAGGCCGGCAAGGUCGGGCGGAGGGGGAUCGCGGGGACGGUGCUGGUGCACAAGAUCAGCGGCGCGUUGGCGGCGCAGGGUGCCAGCCUGGAGCAGGUCGCCAAGGUGGCCAGGCUGGUGGCGGACAACCUGGUGAGCGUCGGGGCGAGCCUGGAGCACGUCCACGUGCCGGGCCGGGCCAAGCCGGACGUCAACUCGCCCGAGUAUCUCAAGGACGGCGAGGUGGAGAUCGGGAUGGGAAUCCACAACGAGCAGGGCUCGAGCAGGGAGGUGGUCGAGCUUCCGGAGCUGGUGGCCAAGAUGCUGGCGCAGCUGCUGGACCCCAACGACAAGGACAGGGCGUUUGUCAACGUCAACUCCAACGAGGUGGUGCUGCUCGUGAACAACCUGGGAGGAGUCAGCGUCCUGGAGAUGGGCGGCAUCGUGACCGAGGUGGCGACGCAGCUCGAGAAGAGCUACAAUAUCCGGCCGGUGCGCAUCCUCAGCGGGACGUUCAUGACGAGCCUGAACGGACUGGGCUUCAGCAUCACGCUGCUCAACGUGGUCAACACCGACAUUGGCGGGCCGAGCAUGAUCGAGCUGCUCGACUACCCCUGCGAGGCCACCGGCUGGUCUGCCCCGAUCUCGAAAUGGACGUGGGAGGAGAGGAACGUGGCAACCAGGGAAGAAGAUGCGUCGAUAGGAGGCGAGACCCGGCCAAGCGGCCUGAAGAUGGACGGCACUACGGCACAGCAGGCGCUCACUCGGGCUCUGGAGGCGGUAGUUGCCGCGGAACCCGAAGUGACGCGAUACGACACGGUGGUGGGAGACGGCGAUUGCGGGAUCGGCUUGAAGAGGGGCGCCGAAGCCAUCUUGAACUACCUGCGAUCCCAUGGCCUGUCCGGAGACGCGGUCGUGGAUUUGGCCAACAUUGUGCCCAUCGUCGAGAAGGAGAUGGACGGCACCUCGGGUGCGAUCUACGCCAUCUUUCUCAACGCCCUCUUGGCCGCGCUGAAGAGCCACGGCCCGGGUGAAGCAUCCCCCCAAGUGUGGGCGAAGGCGCUGAGGCGGAGCUGCGAUGCCCUCUCGAGGUACACGCCAGCCCGGCCCGGAGACCGCACGCUUGUAGACGCCCUCUACCCGUUCGUCGAGGCGAUGGAGAAGACGGGCGACGUCAAACAGGCCGCCGAGGCGGCACAGAAGGCGGCAGAAGGCACCAAGGGCAUGAAACCCAGUCUCGGCAGGACCGUGUACAUCGGCGGGUCCGGUUUCGAGCAGGUCCCCGACCCGGGAGCCUGGGGUCUCGCCAGCUUCUUCCUGGGCCUGGCGGGGGUCAAAAGGGUUGAUGACGGGUGGGAGAAGCUGUGAGUUAAUGAGCGAGCA